CGGAUUUCCACUUUGACCCCCAUGUGCAUUGAAGCGGACAAGACGGUUUCAUGGGCGAGUUUGCAAUCGGAAGUUCACAUGAAUGGUGUAUAGGAGUUUGAUUUGGCAUUUAUUGACAUAAAGUUAUUAUUUUUUCACUUGACAAAUGUACAAUUUCAAUAAGAAAUGGAAACUAUAACAUUUAGGCGACAACUGAACGGGUUAACACGCGUGGACAUGGAAGAAUAUUUUGACGAUGUCGAAUUAGAAAAUUUAUACCAAUGGAUUGAUAGAAUUCCAUUAACGAGGCAAAAAAAGAACCUUGGAAAAGAUUUUUCCGAUGGAGUGCUUAUAGCAGAAGUAAUAAACCAUUAUUUCCCUAAGCUUGUUGAUCUCCAUAACUAUUCACCAGCCGCUGCCACCAAACAGAAGAUGGAAAACUGGUAUCUACUUAACAGGCGAGUGUUACGGAAGCUUGACCUUGACCUAUCAGAUGAGGUCAUUCGAGCUCUGGCAAACUGCAAGGCUAAAGUGGUAGAGAAAGUCCUGAUGCUCCUACGACUUCAGAUUGACAAGAAUCUGCAGAGACAAGGUAGGAGCCGCAUGGAAAUUGAUGCCAACUUCGCCCAGAGUAUGGAUCAAAAAGAACAAAAAAAAUCCCAAUCUGCCCCUGCUGCCGAAAAUAGUCAGGCGUUAGUUCCAGUAAAAACAGGAAGGUCCUCACCAGGAAAAUUGGCAUCUCCCCGAAAACUAGGAAAGGGAGAAAUCCCCCACAACCACCCAGACAGAUCAAUUACAGCAAUAAGACUGAAAUCAUUUAGUCCAGAGAGAUUUGACUUAAUGGAGUAUCCAAGAUCUUACCACUUUGAGGGUAAGGGAUACUUUGAUCCUUCCAUCUACAUCUACCCCACAUCAGACAAUGUCCCCCGGAGUUACCUAGAGGAGAAGGAGAUGGAAUGUUUGGCUAAAGAUGAAACAAUUAGAAUGCUCAAUUCAAAAAUUCGAAGACUUGAACACCUCUUACAGUUAAAAGAUACCAGAAUUUCUGAUCUACAAGGACAGUUAGCAAGAGAGCAGGGCUUGUACUACGUUACCAGCAGGAAACAUGUUAUUAAAUAAAAUACUGCUCACCGGCAUGAGCAGCAUGAUUCAAGCAUGUAGUCAGUUAGGAAUUGCAGCAUGAAAACAGCAUCUUAAAAUAUUUCAUGAGACCAUUCUCUCUUGCUUAUGUCUUUGUACAGUGCAGGGAACUAAUUUUGUUACAUAAAACAGCAUCAGCAUUAGUAGCAUCAGGAUCGAGCUAGCAUCAGCAUCAGCAUUAAAAAAACAGCAUUACCAGGAUCAGCAUCAGCAAGCAAAGGAUAAAACCAGCGUUGACCUACAUAAAAUCAGCAUUAUCCUACUAGCAUCAGAAAAUCAAUGAGUUUUAAUUCAGUAAAAAAUUAAAAAAGAAAGAAAGAACAUUGGUUAAAGUAUUCACAUUAUUGAUACAUAGUGAGAUAUUAUGAUCAAAUAAUUGUUAAAGGCACUUUUAUUGCUUUAAACGGCAAUGCUGAAAUUCAUUAUCUACUUCCGGUAGCAUGAUGCUACUUCCGGUAGCAUUGACCUAAUUAUAAAACAGCAUCAGGAUAAGGAUUACUAGCAUUAAAUCAGCAAGCAAAGGAAGCAUUCAAAUCAGCAAGCAAAGGAAGCAUUCAAAUCAGCAUCGAUGCUGUAACAAAAUUAGUUUCCUGCACUGCCAGUAACCAUCUCUGGCAAAAUAAGUAAAUGAUACCUACCUGUAUGUAUUGUCUCAUCAUACAUGUACAUAUUGAGUAACCAAUCACAAGUCCCCUAACAAGUGGUGUGUGGGAGUCUCCUACUAACUUAUAGUACAAGCAUGAUCUCAGGGGAGGAUUGUGCUGAAUCGACUGUGAUAUUUCUCUGUGAUAAUUCAGAUUAUCAGUGUAUAUAACUUCAUUGAGAGUUGUGCAGUUGUGUUUAUUUUAUUUUUCUUUUCUUUUUUUGGUUACUUCAAUGAGGUCUGUAUUGAAAUUUUUAUCAUUUUCCUUUUAUUAUAAGUUAGUCUAAUCUCUUAUAAGACUUUCAAAGCAGGGAUUUAGAACUGCCACAGUUUUGAUGAUAAAAUCAGUAACUAUCAAAUUUAAUAUUUAUCUACUAUAUACUGCCUACAGGCUUGGUAAUUAAUAUAGAUAUUUGUGUUAUUUCUAAGUUACUAAGAUAAAUGCUCUUAGCAUAUUUUAUAAUAUCUGGAAAUCUCUGUCCCCACACUGAAAUAUAAGAGCCUUACUAUAUGUUGUAUUUUUAAAGCAAAAUAUUCCUCUUGCCCCAUUUACCCCCUCCCUCCCCCUUUUGACAUUUCAGUUUCGUCGGAUUCCAUUAAUACAUGUACUUAACCAUGGAAUAUGUAUAUUUGGUAUUUCUUUUCAUUUGGAGAAGGGGGUAGGAAAGGGAAGAAUGUAAAUUGAAUAGACUUGUGAAUAAUAUAUCUAUCUAUAGCUCAAGAUAACAAUUAAAAAAGUUAUAUUUGUAGUACCAGUAAGUUACGAAUAUUCCGUGUUUGCCAAACUUUUGUACAUAGAGGAACAGUGCCUAUAAAUCUUGUAACAGUGAAUCUCUUUAACUGCCUUUGUUAUUUCUAAAUACUAAAUUUUCAAUACACAACAGAUAAUAUAUGGACAGGGAAUCUUUGUAUAUAUUUACCGUAAUCCAUUGUAGAUAGCCAUUUUGUUUGAACUCUCCAAGAUUUGCUCACGCCUUGUGUUCUCUCCCUUGUUUUGUCUGGCUUUUGUUCGAGUUUUGUUUUAUUAGAUCCCUUUUUUAAUCUUACCUGCAUGUUUAUAUUAAUUUUACAGAUUUUGUUAUAUUUUAUGAUGUUUCAAAGUCUACUUUGAUAAAAUGAUAUGAAAUAUGCUGUAUGUAGAAUCCAGGAUUUUUCUCAUUUUGGUAUAUUAUGUUGUUAAAGGAAAGGAAAUAUGAUCACUAUAAGAUUACCUUUUAAUUAUAAGAUAUUGAGUAUUUAUGUGUUAUGUAAAUGGUGUACAUGUGUAAACUUGGUACAACUACAGUCCAUGUUUAUUAUGGAAAUGAUGGCAUUAGUAAAUUGUUUGGUACUGUUUAAAAUUCUGUAGAGGAUUUCAUAUUGUUCUUUAAAUAACUCUUAUGGUUUAUCCACAGAAUUUAUUUGUAUGAAUAUUUCAUGCAUCAUAUUUUGAAAUAUGAUUGUCUGUGUUAGAGAAGGUGUUUAGUCCAGAAAAAAGUCACAGUUUUGCUACAAUAUCACUACACUUUUAAGUUGUACUGUAGAAUGUAAGUUUUUUUUAUGGGUGUGAGUUUCCUUAUAGAGAGGAGAGAUAUAAUAUAUUUCUUAUUUGACUGUGAUGUAUUCAUUAUCAUUAUUUAUGUAAAGGAGAUAUAUUUAUUUACAAGUUCAAAUAAACACUUUCUACCAGA